CAAUCGCCACAACUCUUUUCUAUAAUUAUCUCUACAGUCCCUACUACUUUACUACUGUUUCUUCUUUCUUUCUAACAAAAGAAAAAAUAAAUAAAAAUCUGCAAUGAUAAUUAUCCACCCAACGCCCAAAGCUUCCAUAAAACCUGGCCAAUUUUCAUCUGAAUGAAUAUAUAGCAUGUCUUACCAGCAAGUAGAGGGUUUUGAUUACAUGGCUGAAGAUUUUGUAGAUGAUAUGGAUGAAGACAGCUGCGGUAGUGCUGCUGAUGGAGAUGUGGAUGCCGAUGAAUAUGACAUGCUGACCAAGGUGACUGAUACAUCCGCUUUACAAGCGCGCAAGGGGAAAGACAUACAGGGUAUUCCGUGGGAAAGAUUGAACAUAACUAGGGAAAGCUAUAGACUGACGAGGCUUGAACAGUACAAAAAUUAUGAGAAUAUCCCGUCCUCAGGUGAAACUGUCGACAAGGAAUACAAACAGAUAGAAAAGGGUGGGAACUACUAUGAAUUUUUUCACAACACGAGAUCGGUUAAGCCUACAAUCCUCCAUUUUCAGCUCAGAAACUUGGUUUGGACUACUUCAAAGCAUGAUGUUUACCUUAUGUCCAAUUAUUCAGUUAUGCAUUGGUCAUCCUUAUCAUGUAAUCUGUCCGAGGUCCUUAAUUUUGCUGGGCAUGUGGCACCUACCGAGAAACAUCCGGGAAGUUUGUUAGAAGGUUUUACACAAACUCAAAUAAGCACGCUAGCGGUCAAGGAUAAUUUUAUGGUUGCAGGAGGCUUCCAAGGAGAGCUUGCUUUUAAGCACUUGGACAGAAAAGGCAUAACCUUCUGUACUCGGACAACAUAUGAUGAUAAUGCAAUUACAAAUGCUAUCGAGAUAUAUGACAGCUUGAGUGGUGGUAUUAAUUUUAUGGCCUCGAAUAACGACUGUAGCAUGAGAGAAUACGAUACCGAGAGAUUUCAACUUUUGAAUCAUUUCCAAUUCCCUUGGCCUGUAAACCAUACAUCAAUCAGCCCGGAUCGGAGACUUAUUACUGUAGUUGGAGAUCACUUGGAUGCGUUGCUUGUGGAUUCACAGAACGGAAAGGCCGUAGCCACAGCAGUAGGUCAUCGAGAUUACUCCUUUGCAUCAGCAUGGCACCCAGACGGACGGGUAUUUGCCACAGGAAAUCAAGACAAGACCUGCCGUGUAUGGGACAUAAGAAAGCUGGCAACGCCGGUUGCGACUCUAAAAGGAAACUUGGGUGCUGUAAGAUCGAUCCGUUUUUCAUCCGACGGCCAGUUCAUGAUAGUUGCUGAACCAGCGGAUUUCGUUCAUGUGUACAAUACAAAAUCCAAUUACACGGAAAGACAAGAAAUGGACUUCUUCGGGGAGAUAUCAGGUGUAUCAGUGAGUCCAGAUGAUGAAUGUCUAUAUAUAGGAAUAUGGGAUAGGACAUAUGCUAGUUUGUUGCAGUAUAACAAAAGACACAGUUAUGGAUACUUGGAUUCUUACUUGUGAAUAUGUCUUACAUCAUUCCUCUUUAAAUAAGAGUCUGCUGUUUUCUGUACUGUAAUAUAUCAUCAAUAAUAAGAAUUUUCAUGUAAUAAAUAAAAUAAAAUAAGAAUUUUCUGUUCA